AUGUCGACGACCUAUUUCCACGGCCAUCAUGCGUCAGUCCUUCGUUCGCAUAGUUGGAGAACCGUCGAGAACUCUUGUCCCCAUCUUCUCCCCCACCUUCACGACCCCUCUGCCACAAUCCUAGAUGUCGGGUGUGGGCCUGGAACCAUCAGUGUGGACCUCGCCUCACGCGUACCGCAAGGCUUCGUAUACGCCAUCGACCCCUCGGCCGACGUCAUUGAAAAAGCAAGGAAGCAUGCAGAGGAUAUCGGUGUAAAAAACGUGCGCUUCGAAGUCGGAGACAUAUUCACUUGGGAUCAGCUUGAUGGUGUCAAGGAGGCUGGCUUUGAUAUUGUGCACGCGCACCAAGUGCUACAGCACCUUCAAGACCCUCUAGGCGCGAUGAAAGAGAUGAAGCAGCUCGUAAAGCCUGGUGGUGUGCUUGCAGUGCGCGACUGCAACUACUCGGCCAUGGAUUGGUACCCCGAACUACCAGGCCUGCAGAAGUGGAAGGACAUGUACAUUAAGAUUGCGCAUGGACUGAAAGCCUAUCCCAACAUGGGGAAGACUUUGCACGCUGUGGCUUUGCAGGCAGGCUUUCCUAGGAGUGAUAUCGAUGCCAGCGUUGCAGCCUGGACUUUUAGCACACCAGAGGAGAGGGCAUUCUGGUGUGAUCUUUGGGCUGAGCGUACGAUCAAGAGUGACUUCAAGAAAAGGGCCUUGGACGGUGGAUACGCUACGGAGCAAGAUUUGGAAGACAUCGCAGCGACUUGGCGAGAAUUGGAGAAGAAGGAGGAUGGCUGGUUUGCUGUCAUCAACGGUCAAAUCAUUUGCCAUGUCAGGUAG